CCCACUGCCCCAGCCAGACCCAGCCCAACGGGCUUCUUUUUCUCCAUGCUGCCAUGACCCCGAUCCCGCGUUCGUCCAAGCAGAAUACCAUCAUCAUCAUCAUCAUCGUCAUCGACAUCAUCGUCAUCCUCACCACACACCAUCACCACUGCCACCACUGCCACCACCACCACCACACCUCGUCUGCCCAUGCAUCAGCGUUACUUGCAUACCUACCUCACCUGCCUGUCCAUGUACUCACAUCCACACACGCAUCCGCACACACCACAAUCUACCUAAACCGAGUAGGUAUAGCACACAUGCCAGCACCCAUAUUGCUACCACCCGCAAGCAGGCAAUCCAAUAUUCCGUCCCGAUAUAUACCCUACACCCCAAUAUACACCGAUAUAGGUUUGUACAGCCGGGUAAGGUACGUAGGUAGGUAUGCGGUCGCGGCUAUACUCGAUUGUUUUGCGCCCGCCAGGCCAAUGACACGACGACUGAGACGCAGAAUAAGCGCCGCUCGCCUCUUGGAUUCAACCGACCGAGCCUGGGAACUUCAUUCAUGCUUCGUCGGCCAGGCAAGAGCGGUGCUUCGUCCGCAUCUAUCUCAGCAUCGACACAAUGUAGACUACCUACCCGCCUGCCUGCCUACCUACCUACCGAUCUGUAAGCCUAGAUUAUAACAAGAGUUCGCCAGGGUCUUGAUGAUGAAGAUGCGACGUCAACCAACGUCCGUUAGCCGCCCUCUCACCAUCCCCUCCCCUUUCUCCCCUAAAGAGGGAGGAUGAUCUCGAUUAUCUCGUUGAGCAGACUGACAAUGAGCGCUUACAAGCAAAGUUGCUGGAGUCAGCAGUCGUGGCGCCUCUUGCUACCUAUACAUAUGUUUGUACAUUGUUGCAUUCUGUUCUUCAUCUUCUACUUCUUCCUCAAGUCCUAUUUUUGGGGCUUCAUGCUACUACCUAUCAUAGUGACCGAGACGUAGUUAUGAUGCCGCCGGCCCGUGCUAUGGACUUAACAAUCAUUAGGUAGGUCUACUC